AUUACACAUAACCCACCUGUGGUUUGGGCGAAAAUCACUUUGCCUACCCGUGGUUUGAAAAGUAUCACUUAACCCACCUGAGGUAUGUUUCCGUCACUCUCCGUAACCCACCUCGGUCUCUGCCGUUACAAAAACACCUUGUAACCCCAAAACAGAACAUAACGCGAAUCAAAACCCCCAAAACUCAAACACGUUUCGAGAGAGACACCCAAGGUGCAAUCAGGCUUGUUCUUCGCGGUUUGGAGCGUGUGGAGAGGGAGAAAGCACUUCUUUUGCAUCAUCGAACCUGGGCAAGGAAUCGUGGUAUGUUGAGAUGUCUUCAUCAAGUGGUAAUUUCUCGGGUUCAUGUGGACAUAUGUGCAAUGAGCAGACUUGUGUUUUGAGAACAAGUUUGAGUUUGCACAAUUUUGGAAGGAGGUUCUUGGGUUGUAGCCGUUAUAAGGUUGGUCCUAAGUGUCCUUUCUUUGUUUGGAUUGAUAACCCAACCUGUCCUCGUGGGAAUGAAACUGCACCUUUGGCUCUAGAGAAGAUGUCUAGGCUUCAGACUGCUCUCCAACUUGCAAAUGAGAGGGAAAGGACAGCUCUGGAAACGGCAGAAGAAGCUAGGCAAAUGGCAGAAAAGGCUCUUGAAGAGGAAGCCAAAGCCAAGGAGAGGGAGAGAAAGGCUCGAGCUGUCUGUGCAAAAGCUAAGGAAAAAGCCAUUCUUGCUGAAGAGAAGCAAAGAAUGUGGAAGUCUGCAUGCAUUUUGUCAUGGAUCUUUUUUGUUAUUGUUAUGUUGUUGUGUUUUGGCUCAAUUGAGUUCUCUGGAGUGAAGAGACCUAGAUUGUUGCCCCUGAAGUAGUUACUUGGUUAGUAGAGAUAGUUAUGGCAAUGGUGUUAAUGAAUUUGUAUUGUAAUAGCACUAGCCUACUGAUGUAAUGUUUUGAUGUGUCAAUGAAUGAAGAAUUGGUCAAUUCUGAGUAUUUUGUGCAUAUCCUAACAACCAUUCAAUGGAAGAAGUAAUGGUCAAUUAUCAA